UACUUAAGACAAUGCGAGGCGUGUUCAUUUUCGUCGCGAUGCUGAUAGCAGUGGUCGCCAGUACCAUAAUUGAUCCAAUACGCAACCUUCGAUCUCGAUCUGAUGACUCAGUGCACAGAUCGGACCAACCUGUGGGACCAAAAUCUGACAACUUCAGACGUCAGUGGCUGUAUACGGAUUCAAGAAACGCGUAUGCCGACGUUAACGAUGACCUGAGGAAUUCCGAAAUACGCAACCUUCGAUCUCGAUCUGAUGACUCAGUGCACAGAUCGGACCAACCUGUGGGACCAAAAUCUGACAACUUCAGACGUCAGUGGCUGUAUACGGAUUCAAGAAACGCGUAUGCCGACGUUAACGAUGACCUGAGGAAUUCCGAAGGAAGGAAGUAGAAUUCUACCCUGCCGCUCAUCAACUGUACCAAGUACAAACAACACCACUGGCGUGGAGCAACACUAAAUAAAAGAGUAAAGCUUCACUGAGAAAUUAAAAAUGUUUAAAAAACA